CUUCCCCAACCAAACCUAGGGUUUUUCUUGUAACCCAACGAUUCCAGAAUGCACUAUUAUUGCUAUCUGCACCGGCCACGUGUAUUUACAGCCGAUCAACCGUUGAAUCCUCUUCAUUGAAGGUCUAAUUUCAAGAUGAAGAUAAGAUGCUUUGACCAGAGGUUCUUAGUUUCCUCAGCCCCUCUAGUCCCCACCAUACAACUUCCAUCUCAAAUGGAAACUCAUUUAUGGUAUAUAUUGCCACAUGAGGUAAAGGAUAAACAUUUGUUAGAUCAAUAUGUUGAACUUCUAUCACCAUCAGAGAAAGAAAAUGUGCUCAGUAUGAAUGGGAAGGACCUUAGACAAAGAGCUUUGCUUGCACGCACUUUGGUUCGCACUACAAUUGCAAGAUAUCAGAUCAAUUCUCAAGUCUGUCCGAGGUCCUUGAAGUUUAGAAAGAACAUGCAUGGGAAGCCUGAGGUAGAAUGGCCCAACGGUAAUAAUCAGCAGCAACUGCAUUUCAACCUUUCUCAUACUCCUACUCUGAUAGCUUGUGGAGUUACAAUGAAUUCUCCAAUUGGUAUUGACGUGGAAGAAAAGGAACGAGGAAUAAAAAACGAUAUCAUGGCUUUUGCUAGGAGGUACUUUUCCCUUCACGAGGUGGAGUUUCUUGCUUCUAUUCCAGAUCCAGAAUUACAGCGGCAGGAGCUCAUAAAACUAUGGACAUUGAAGGAAGCAUAUGUUAAAGCAGUGGGGAAAGGCUUCUCAAGUUUUCCCUUUAAGACUUUUACAAUUAAGUAUGCGGCUGUUUGUGCCAACAGAAGUCGAAACAUCACAAGCAUAUCAAAAUCGGAUAAGGAAAUAAUAGUUGAUUCUGUUGAGAGCAGCCCGUGUACUGAAUCAAGCAAUUGGAAUUUCAUGAAUUUGGAGCUGGCUGGUUCUCAUUAUGCUGCCAUAUGCAAGCAAAAUGAUGGUCAGAUUGGCAAAGACGGAGUUCCAAUGAAGUUAAAUGUGUGGAAGACUAUUCCUUUUGUUACAGAUACAUGCGUUUCUGGAACCGAUGAAGUUAUAUACAUUUAACUUAAAAGGCGGGUUAAAAGUGUUUAAAAGUCACACAAUUUAGACCUUAGCUUAGUUGUUUAGUGGAGGAUUGUAGAGUGUUUGUAUCAUGCAAGUAGAUUUUUUUUUCAUUUUUAAUAAAUGUUUAUUUUAUUAAUUAUGAUUAUUUUU